AUGAACAAAUUUCUGUGGACAUGUGUGGCACUGGUGGCAUCGAUUGCUACAGUUGGGGCCCUGCUGUGUCACACCUGUGAUGUGGAGAUCUUGGGCAGAUGCCUCCUGGAGUCACCUGUUAACUGCAGCUCGUCUCAGACCAGUUGCUACACUGCAGAAGCCAAGUUCACCAGCACAGAGCUGCUGACCAUCCAUGCCAAAGGCUGUACAGAAGCCGACUCCUGCAACAAUGAGGUGGGAACCAUCCUGACUGUUGGCUACACCAUCAACAGGACCUGCUGCACCACUGACAACUGCAACGGAGCCGCCUCUACCCAGGUCCACCUGUUGGCCGCUUUGGGCACUGCCCUGGUGUCUAUUUGGAUCACCUGGUGGCACUAG